AUGUCGAAGAAGAUCAGCAGAUGCUACUACGCCGUGAUUGGUCUCCCGCCGGAGUGUACGGCGGAGGAGAUCCGAUCAGCAUACAAGAAGCUCGCCUUGCAGCGCCAUCCGGACAAACUGAUCCACUCUGGGUUGAGUGCGGAGGAAGCCACCGCCAGAUUUCAAGAACUCGCCCAAGCCUACCAAGUCCUCUCCGACCCGAAUGCCCGCACCUGUUACGACUCCAAACGGUACCAGGUCCAGACCCGACAACCCAAACCCUCCUCUGCAUUCUCCAACUUGUUCCGUUCCAUGUCUAAAGCAACCUUCUCGGGUUACGGCGACACCGAUAAUGGAUUCUACAAAGUCUACUCGGAUAUAUUUGACAGAAUAUACAAGGCGGAGGUGGAUUUCGCGAUGGAUUCGGGGUCUGUGCCUGAGGCUCCGGGUAUGGGGAAUUUGGAUAGUCCGUACGAGGAAGUUGAAAAGUUUUACGAGUAUUGGACCGGGUUCGAUACGGUCAUUGAAUUCGGAUUUGAGGAGAAAAAAAUGGAGUUGAAGGCGAGGGAGGUGUACGCUCAGAGAGUGAGGAAAUUUGCAGAGACGGUGAAGAGUAAGGACAAAAGAGUAAUUGACAUGGAAGAGGGGAAGAAGAAGUUGUUGAGGAAAUUGAAUGAGAAGAAGAGGAUUGUGGAGUCACAUUGUGUUUUGUGCGAUCAGAAAUUUAAGAGCGAGCAGCAACUGAAGAAUCAUAAGCAGUCUAAGAAGCACAAGCAGAGAAUGUCUAUGAGGGAUCGCUAUCGAGACGAUGAUGAUAAUGACGAGGAAGAACAAAUGAUCAAAGAAUACAUGAACUUCAUGUUAGAUAAGGAAGAAGAUGUCAAUUGA